AUGAUGUCCGCAAGUAUCACCCGAGUCGUUUUUGCGGCUCUCGUGGCGCGAUGCGUCGCAGCAGCCCGCAAGAAUAUCAUCAUCGACACCGACAUCUUCAGUGAUUGCGAUGACACCGCCGCGCUGCUCCUCGCCGCGACGUCCCCAGACGUGAACUUGCUCGGGGUCAACGUCAACUAUCCCUCGACCUACUCCGUGACCGCAACGUCGGCUAUCCUCGCGCACUACGGCCUGCCCGCGGUCCCCAUAGGGACGCGCCGGCCGUUGACCGACGAGGGCUUCCUCGACACCUUCGCGUACGACCUGGGAGAGUACGCGAGCAAGAUAUCGUAUCACUUCUCCGGGGGCUCCCUCCCGUUCGGGGCGGCGGAGGACGCGUGGAACGCCGUCUCGCUGUACCGCAAGCUCCUCGCCGAGGCGGACGGGCCCGUCACCAUCGUCUCGAUCGGCUUCUUCGAGAACCUCUCGGGCCUGCUCAACUCCACGGCCGACGCGCACUCGGACCUCGCCGGCCCCGCGCUCGUCGCGAGCAAGGUCGCGGAGCUGGUCGUCAUGGGCGGCGGGUACCCCUCGGGCAGGGAGUUCAACUUCUUCGGGGACGACCCGCUGCGCACCGCGCACGUCGUCAACAACUGGCCGGGCCGCGUCGUCUUCUGCGGCACCGAGGUCGGCGGCGAUGUGCUGUCCGGCGGCAGGCUCCUUGCCGAGGGCCCGCUGUCGGAUCCGGUCCGCCAGGCCUACAUCUACUACAACUUCUACCGACCCCGGCAGUCGUGGGACCCUCUCACGGUUCUGUAUGCCAUGCAGGGCGUCGGGGACCUUUUCGAGUACGGCAACGACUAUGGCCGCAACUUUGUCUUUGCGAAUGGCUCAAACGAGUGGAUCUUUGACAAGAAUGUCACCAACCAGUUCUGGUUGAACCUGAAAGUGGACAAUGUCACGGCCUCGGCGGCUCUCGACAAGCUUUAUCUGGAAGGGGCGUUGCUUUUUGGCAAUAAGACAGACGUAUAG